AUCUAAAUAAAAUGAGUUAAAAAAAAUAGCUCUUAUUGUAAAAAAAAAAUUCUUAAAUGCAAAAUAAGGAUGUCUUUACUAAUAUUUAUUUAAAAGUUGAAAUAAUUGAUGCUUCGAAUCUAUGUUUUUUGUCCGCAUCUUAACAAACCAAACCAAUGAGAAACAAUGUCGCUGAAGCUGAACACAUAAGACUCUUACUCACAGAAACCCCUCGUACCCAAUACAGCUGCAAAUGGCCUCCGUAUUAGGGACUUCUUCAGCAGCACUCUGGGCUUCUCGCCCCCUCCUUUCUCCUUCUUCAAAGCCUGCCAUCCCCUUCCCCCCAUCUCCCUCAGCAUCUCACAAGGUGCUCUGCUUUGCCACUGAUAGUCCUUCCGGAUGGUGCAGGAAGAAGUUUUAUGGACGGAUUGUGACUCCAGGUAGAAAAGGAAGGUCUCAAUUCCAUUUUGCAGUUACCAAUGUUGCAACUAGAAUUAACUCUGUUGAACAGGACCUUGAUGUUAAGGAAAGCCAGAGGCCGGUUUAUCCAUUUUCUGCUAUGGAAGGGCAUGAUGAGAUGAAGUUAUGCCUCUUGUUAAAUGUGAUUGAUCCCAAGAUUGGUGGUGUCAUGAUCAUGGGUGAUAGGGAACUGGCAAAUCCACUAUGGUUAGAUCAUUGGUUGAUUUACUUCUCGAGGUAAACUUUUUUUUUUCUUUUCACAUCUCUUUGCCCUUUUAAUUAUUUAUUUAUUUUUUAGCCAACCACAUUUUCUGAUGAUAGACAAUAAAUUAAUUACACAUAA